CAUUUUUUUGAAGCUUCUUUUGAAGGUGUCAACAAACCGCUCUGCCUGACCGUUAGACUGUGGGUGAAAUGGAGGAGACUUGAUGUGUCUGAUACCGUUCUUGGUGCAGAAGUCAUCGAUCUCAGCAGAUGUGAAUUGAGCUCCAUUGUCAGUUACCAGUGUCUGCGUAUUGCCGAAUUGGGCAAAAAGACGGCGUUCUCUAAUUGUGCAACUUGUCGUCACUGAUGACAUUUCCACGAUCUCCGGCCACCUCGAGUAAGCGUCGACAACGACGAAGUACAUCUUCCCAUUCAUUGGUCCAGCAAAAUCGGCAAGUAUACGAUUCCAUGGUUUGUCCUCUAUCGGCCAUGAAUGAAGCGUAGUCUUGAUUGGAUUCUUAGCAGUUUCCUGGCAGCAACGGCAUGUUCUCACGAAAGUUUCGAUGUCGUCGUUUAUGUUUGUCCAGUAAACAUAGUUUCUGGCGAGCAUCUUUAUGCGAGUCAUCCUCGUUCCAUCCGAGAGACGGUGACUCAUCACUGCUCCCAACCGGUACUCCGAUGCAUCGGCCGCGAUGACGAUCUCUUUCGAAGGAUCGUAGUGGGUGAGCAGGAAGUCCGAGGCUAG